AUGUACUCUCGUGCAAUUCUUAUUUCAAUUCUAGCUGCCAUGGCUAGUAGCAGCGUUAGCGCCUCCUUUAUUCCUAUCGAAUCUUCAGAUGUUGCAGCCAUCAAGGAAACCCGAGACAUCCCGGUCGAUGUUACUCCUACCCUUAAUGAUAAGAGAGCCAAUGAUGACAAAGGCAAGGGCAAAGACGAUGCCUCUGCCUCUGCCCUUGCCUCUGCCCCUGCCUCUGUCCCUGCCUCUGCCCCUGCCGCUGAGGUUGAAAGUGUUUUCGGCAAAUGCGUGCCCAAGAUGAUUUUCCAAGGUGGCUUGGGUACCCGACCUAAGACCGAAUUCACAUUUCAAUCCAGCGACCCGACAUGUAGCGAGGGUCAAAGUGAAAACUCAAAUCCUAACAUUAUUACUAGUCAUAUCAGAGAUGUGGUGAUCACUAAGUGCGGCGCCAACGAAGAUGGUAUAGCUUUGGUAAUAACUGCGGUGAAAACGGUCGAAGCCCUAAAUGAUAGAACUCAGGCCUCAGCCGAUGCAUGGAAUAAAGCCCUUGGACUUGCGUAA